AUGACCUCUCAGCCUCUGUCGCAGGACGACGAAGUGCUCGCAGUUCCCCAAAAUCUUCCGGUUGCUCUCCACGUCCAGGAGGCCUCUUUGACCUCCCCCACAGAGGGACGGUCUCGUGAAGAUACGCGCGGAGUCAUUGAAGUGGUGGAAAAGAUCGAACAUGGUUUGAUGGAUAGUUCAAGAUCUGUGUUUGCAGGAUUGGGCUUGAAAAGAUCACGAAGUGGUGACGGGCAGGGCGCGGGCGCGCAAAGACUUGCCCGACCCAUCAUCCGGAGAAGGUCUUCAUCGUUGGGAUCCGUUGAAGGGAAAACCAUGAAGCGUGAAGAUUGUCUGGUCCAGCGACGGCCGCCCCUGAAACUUCCUCACUUUAGAAGUUUCAACGUCCCCGCUUGGUUUGUGCGAGAGCAACGGAUUCGACGCCUCGAAGCCUCAAAUCGAUCGCCCUCUGGAAACCUCCCACCGAUCCCGAUUCCUCCUGCCUCUCGAUUAUACUCUCUCGGACCGUGGGCAUCACAUUCCUGGCCGUGUCCGUCUCGGUUGAUUGCACAGUCUCUAAACGGGCCUUGUGGAAUUGUCCCUCCGCUCACACCGCCGGAAGAUCUGGAUCCAUUCAAGUGGGAUCUUCCGUUGCAGACCGAGCCAGAUCAAGGUGUGCACACCGAAUCCGACGUCGAACGAGACCGCGCACAAAGUCCUCCGCAUAGCCAGCCUCGCCCGAGUUCGACCUCGCGUCCAUCAGAGAUUCGAAUGCCGGAACGAUCCGACAUUGGGCAAGACGAGCCCAGCCACUCGAAUUGGCUGGGACGGGCCUGCCUGCACCUAUGUUCGGUCGUUCAGGAUGGAGGGAGCCAGCAACAGCUUCAGAUGGUGGUCCAAACCUUGCCUUCCCAGGCCAAAUCGUCAGAAUUCCAGCCUGUUUUCGAGAUUGUGGUCGAAGCAGUCCAAGGGCGUUUCACAUUUCCCCCAUACAUCACCAUCACACACGCUGUCUCUCAAGUAAUCAGCAUGGACGAAGUUCCGGCUUCUCCUCCGGCGACUCCUAAUGCAAGCUACUCGAGCGAUGACUAUUUUCAGGAUCAAACCAUCUUCACUCAUGCGGCGGUCGUGCCGGCAUAUCACUCCCAAUCACCAUCAUCCGCCAACAUUGGCCCGAGACCCACCAACAUCAUCGCGGCACCCAGCAGCAUCCAAAUCUCUAUCCUUGAGCGGUACAUUCCACCGACGACGGGUCAGGAAGUGACCGACUUUUUCACACUGAGCAGGCGAUCGUAUCUCGCCGACCGACUGCUCGAACUGUCCUCCAACAACGGGUCCUUAUUACUUAUCUAUCCCACCAAAGUGGGAGGCGUGGCUUUUGCGAACAAAUACAUUGGCCCUGUCAUCGAGCCGUUUCUGCGCCAAUUCAUCCUUUUGAACGGGCUCUACACCGACGUGGCCAUGCAACUCGGUCGGAUGGCCGCGGUGGCGAAUAUGAAGACUUUUGAGGAAACGCGGGAACUGAUCGCAGCCAUGUGCGAGGCCCUGGCUCAAAGAGCGCCGUCACGCGGCAUUCCCAAUCGAUAUGAGAUUGUUCAUGCCGAAACGGCAGAAGUCAGCCUUGACCGUGCUCUGUGGAGAGAUUGGUAUAUCGAACAGGAACAACCCCGACUACGACAACAUUUAGUGGACUAUCACAAGGCUGGUGGCCGUAUGCCAUCGAGAACUGGCCAUGUCGAGGUCACUCCAGGCAUGUUGGCACGCGAAGUGGUGGAAGGAAUUCGACAAAGUCGAGAAAGCGCAGGGAAUGUGGGCAUAGAAGUGGGAGUGUUUGUCAUUCGACGCACCAUUGUGUAA